UUUGUUUGCAGAGUGAUAAGUCGGGACGGUCAAACUGACCAGGGUUGCAUUAAACAAACUUCAGCCAUGCACCUCAGAGGUAGCCAACUUGACCGUCCUUUGCUGCUGGGUAUGUUGUGUGAGGAAAGCAGGUUCUAGCAGCCGUCGAUGCUGUGUUGAGAACUUGACUCGGGGUUUCCAGAAGUUGUCUGCAAUGUGUCGAAGAAUCCCGGUUUUGGUGUCCUGGAAAUCCAAAGCGGUGCUUCUGUUUUUACUUCUGAUCAGUCUGCUACUGCACGUCCUGAUCGCGCUGCUGCCUGUCCAGGAGUUAAAUGUACAAAUAUGUAGCCCUGGCAUACAGGGGGGUCACUCUCUCUCCCACCGGCUGCCGCUGAAGGGCAGUGACCUGCGGGGCUUUGCCGGCACCGGGACCCUGAGCCGCACAUCUCAGUCCCCGGGAAAGGCGAGGGCUUCGAUGUCGGCCCCUGCUCUCGACGGCACUUGGCAGCGGGGUCCCACCGGGCAGAAUGCAUCGAAACUGGCAGCCUUGUUUCAGCACCCGCUCUACAACAUCCCCAGACCUCCGCUGUCACCCGAUGACCAGCUCUUCUCAGUGAAUUCGGCGGAAAGGUUCACGGCAAAGAGCAGCGACAGUGACGGCUGGGUUAGCCAGGAGCAGGAGUAUGUUCUGCCAGAUGGCGAAUCUCCUUCUGAUACGUAUCCCAACUGGCUGAAGUUCUUCAUCGGAAUUAACCGACGUGAGCUCUAUGCACAGAACAGCAGUGUCGUUGCCUCCUUACUGCAGGAGCUCGCAACCCUGAGGAUUGUCCGUGUCAUUCAGAAACUUGGUGGGACUCAGCUGAAGUUGACGAUGACAUUGCAGAACUAUGGCAAAGCCUUGUUUAAACCUUUGAAACAGACCCGGGACGAGGAAACAUCCCCAGAUCUUUUCUACUUCUCCGAUUUUGAGAGGCACAAUGCAGAGAUCGCUGCCUUUCAUUUGGACCGAAUUUUAGGUUUCCGCCGCAUUCCACCCGUCUCGGGUCGUCACGUCAACGUGGUGGAGGAUAUCAAAGAGCUGACGACUGAUGAUCGCCUGGAGCGGACUUUCUUUAUCUCGCCAG